AGAAAGUGGAUGUGUAUGGUGAAGAUAUCUGGGUGGAGUACUUGAAGGUUUUACUACUCUCUUGCAUCCAUUAAUAAUAGUAAACCAAGAUAACUUGUAUAUGUUAUACCCUAGUAAUUUUUUUAUUGACAAUGUAAAAAGACAAGAAUGUGGAGGGGAUGCGUGGUAGAUCAUGGUCGUUGUAUGAUGAUUGGGUCCUUAUAUAUGGAAAAUAUAGGGCAACAGGCGAGUUUGCACAAGGACUUGAGGAAAUGAUCAAGGACAAUUCAGUUGUUGGGGAUAUCCCUGGGGAUGCCAAUGUAGAGGCUCAUCCAACUGGGAGAAUAGAUGAUGUUAACCACUCGCAACGUGUAACUCAGGGCAGGGAGGUCCAGAUAGCAAUUCCUAUCAUAAUGGCUCGACUUUUAACUUAUCCUGAGCAUGUCUCCCAUCAUAAUAUAGAGAAAUUGAGGCAGUGUGUCCGUAAUGGAGCUAAUAAAUACCCAGGUGCAAGAUUUCUCAAAAAGUCUGAUGGUACCUCAAUGCUCUCUUCUAAAUACUCAAAAAUGCUUCAUGGGAAAUUGGCUGCUUCUGCAACAUUAUUAGGUUGGGGUGCCUAUUGCAAGGCUGAGGAAGGUAGUGAUUGA